GGGCGCGGCGAUGGCCGCGGCCGGGCAGGAGGAGUACGCGUACCUCUACAAGGACUCCGCGCACCCCGCCGGCUUCUUGGAGGCGUUCCGGGCGUUUUACCUGGACGGGCUGUUCACCGACAUCACCCUGCAGUGCGCUUCGGGGGUCAUCUUCCGCUGUCACAGAGCUGCGCUGGCAGCCUGCAGCAGUUAUUUUAAAGCCAUGUUCACAGCCGAUAUGAAAGAAAAAUCCAAAAACCAGAUCAGCCUUCCUGGGCUCAGCCAUGCAGUACUGGAAGCUCUCGUGAAUUACGCGUACACGUCACAGAUCCAGAUAACAAAGAGGAACGUCCAAAGCCUACUCCAGGCUGCAGACCUGCUCCAGUUCGUGUCAGUAAAGAAAGCCUGCGAGCAGUUUCUGGUAAGGCACUUAGACACCGACAACUGCAUUGGGAUGCACUCCUUUGCUGAAUAUCAUGAUUGCUCGGAGCUGGAGAAAGAGUCCAGAAGGAUGUUGUUAUGGCAGUUUGAAGAAGUGUGGAAGCAGGAAGAGUUUCUGGACAUUGGCAAGGAGAAGCUCUCUUAUAUUCUCUCCAGGGAGAAUCUCAAUGUUCAGAAAGAAGAGGCAGCCAUUGAAGCCGUCAUUAAGUGGGUUGCACACAACGUGGAAGGAAGAAUUGAAGACAUCUGUGAAGUGCUGAGCUGCAUCAAAUUAGACUUAGAUAACGUGUAUUUGAGAUCAGCUUUAAGCCUGCAGAAAAAAUGCCGACUCAAUGACAGUAAGAUAAGGUCACUCAUAUAUAAUGCCCUGAACCUCAAUCCCAAAGGUCUUUCCAGAAGAUCCACAGCAGCCAUGUAUGUAAUUGGAGGAUAUUACUGGCAUCCCUUAUCAGAAGUGCAUGUUUGGGAUCCUUUAACCAAUGCAUGGGUCCAGGGAACAGAGAUGCCAGAUCAUACCAGAGAGAGCUAUGGGGUGACUAGUUUGGGACCAGACAUAUACGUGACAGGAGGCUACAGAACAGAGAGUAUUGAAGCUCUUGACACCGUGUGGAUAUAUAACAGUGAGAGGGAUGAGUGGACAGAGGGCUGCCCCAUGCUCGACGCAAGGUAUUACCACUGCGCCGUUUCCUUGAGUGGCUGUGUUUACGCAUUGGGAGGGUACCGAAAGGGAGCUCCAGUCCAAGAAGCUGAGUUUUAUGAUCCCUUAAUAAAGAAAUGGCUUCCCAUUGCAAACAUGAUCAAAGGAGUUGGAAAUGCCACUGCCUGUGUCCUUCAUGAAGUCAUCUACGUCGCUGGAGGUCACUAUGGGUACAGGGGAAGCUGCACCUACGAUAAAAUCCAGAGAUACCAUUCAGGUAGCAAUGAGUGGAGUAUAGUCACCACAAGUCCACAUCCAGAAUAUGGAUUGUGUUCAAUUACAUUACAAAACAAGAUCUAUUUUGUGGGUGGACAGACCACGAUCACUGACUGCUAUGACCCAGAGCAAAAUGAGUGGAAGCAGAUGGCUCACAUGAUGGAGAGAAGGAUGGAGUGUGGCACGGUGGUUAUGAAUGGAUGCAUCUAUGUAACAGGAGGAUAUUCCUAUUCAAAAGGAACAUACCUGCAGAGCAUCGAGAAAUACGACCCUGAACUGAAUAAAUGGGAAGCAGCAGGUAACCUUCCCAGUGCCAUGCGGUCACACGGCUGUGUCUGUGUGUACAACGUGUGAGCAUUUCAUUUUCAUCCUGCUGUUACAGAAAACUGCAGAUGCAGUAUUCAUAACAGUACUGAUUACCUCAUGAGGGGUUGUCUAAUACAAUCUCUUAGUGCAUGUUGUUAACAACUAGAUAUAAUUUGUUCUCAUUUUAAACAACUCAGAAACAUAAAUGUGGUAACAAGAUUUCCAUAUAUUUUUCAAUCCAAUCAUUCUUUGUCACGGAAGUUCUCAAAUUACUCCCUUACAAUACUUUGUACAGCAACAUAGGAACUACUGUGAAAAAUGGAUUUGUUUUUGUUAAUCACUGGAUGACACUCUGACUUGGUGCUAGGAAAAGUGAAGCCAAACAAAAUACAGUUCUAAGGACUACGGGCCUUAAGAUGAAAUCUUUGUAUUCUGAAGGUAGCUGUAGGAAUAGAUCAUUGACACAAGCUAAGUGUAUGGUAUGCACAGAGUAAUAUCACUUGGAUAACUAGGUUAUCAGAUUCAGAAAUGGGCAUUUACAGGAUGCCUCCAACUCUACCUUCAAGUGCCAGAGCAAAGAAGAGCCUCAGAGCACAGGCCAAAACAUGCACUAGUUUUCCAGAAGGAGAAGUAAACGGGCAUUUCUCUUUGCUGUUCUCACACUCUCAUGAACGUUGCCAAUGAGACAUGGAAAAACACUCUGCAAGGCUUUGCAAUGGGAUCUUCGGCUGGUGCACAGGUAUUUGUCGUUUUUGUGGGGGAGGUGUGUUCAGAGAAAAGCUUUAAUGUGUUGACUCUUUUUUAAUACCGAGUCAAGAUGUGUGCCUGUGUGGAAUGGAAGGAGGAAAUGAGAGAGACUGGAAAAUUAACAUCCUCCUGAGAUUCAAACUUCUCUAUUUUGUUUAAUACCGCCUGAUCUUUUCUAAACUGUGACUUGAGCAAAGGUAACAACUAAAGAAACUUGUCAAAGUAUGUUAUGCAUGAAGAAAAAAAAAUCUCUAUAGGAUUGAUUUAUUUAUUAUUUCUCCAGAAAUUUAAUAUGAGAUCUUCAAAUUCUGUGUAGAAAGUGGAUUUUUGUAAAGUGAUUUACAGACAAACAGAUCACCUUCUAAAUGCCCUGACAGCAGUGAUCCAAAUGAAGAAAUGCUUUGGGAACAUAGAAAGCGUUUUUAGCACUGAUCCCCCAAUCCAGUUUAUAAAAUGACUGCAGAAACAGCUGUUAGGCAUUGGUGUGAGAGGCAGGGACAACACAGGGCUGCCACAGGGUGUGGUGGGAACUUCCCACACCAGCACUGCCACCUAAAAUGAAAUUUUGGCUUUAUUUGACUUCUCAGAUACAAAGAAAGGACUUUUCCAAGCAGUAAGCUCUUUAUAAUAUUUAUUUUGCUUGAUCAUAAGCAUUUUCAGGGUGUUUGUUUGUUUUAAUUAUUUCACUUUUUUAUGCUAUUUCUGACUUGCAUUUGACUGCUGGUAGCAGGUGGCACUCAACUCUGGCUUUGAUGUGAAGUUCUGUGGUGUAUAUGUACAAUUCUCUUUUUGAUAUUUUCGUAUGUUGCCUCAUUGAAGCUUGUGUGUGUUCAGUGUUUUGCUUAGUUACCCAUCCCACUGAGAUCUAUUUAAGGAUCCGAUGUAAUUUGUUUAAAGACCCCAGACUCUAAAGAGUUGCGGAGAAUUGAGCUCCGAGGAUGUUUGAAAAGUGUGGGCCAAGCAGGUGGGCAAAAGUGAUAAAGUGACUUUGUUACUCCUGGAAAUCUCUGCAGCUGAGAAUUGCUCAAGGGCAGGUAGAGGUUUAAAGGACGACAUCGUAAGAACAUGAAGGCUAUCUUUGUAUUGAAUGAAACCACAAUGAACUCAAUGUGUUUAUGUAAUUUUUCAGUGCAAAUUAUGUACUUGUGAAGCGUCAUGUUUGGUAAAAAGCACAAGGAUACCACAGCUGCUUGUGGCUGGCCUUGAGGCUUAUUCUGGCCUUUAUCCUGUCACCAACAGUCAUGAGUCGGUGAAAGGAUCUAAGAACAAGGUGAGGACUAGCAAAACCAAAUCCCCGAGCAUCCACUUGUCAACUUCUUGCAAACUAGGUGCUUGAUGAUGGUGAAAGACAGUGCUGGUCCAGGGCUGGAGCACAGGCGCUGGAAGUUGGACUCUGUGCCCCUGGGCAACCUGCAGGCAAGCAAAUGCUGCUUCAGUGUUAAGUGCAAAGUGGGAAAAAAGCCUUUAGCUCUCCCCUGUCAGGAGAGGGUUGUUGGUCUGGCAUAAACAAAAAUCAAAGAAAUUACUGCUUAGGACUUCAUAUAAAUCCUAAUUUCUCAGAGAUUUUCAAUGCAUUAGAAUAAAUAGAGAGAAGAGUAAGUUCAGACUCAUGGUUAAAUUUCAACUGGUGCUAUUUUCCCCAAUAGCUACAAUGCCCUUUUCAAUUAGCUCAUGUGGCACAUCCCAAGAAGGUGUGUUGCAGUCAGGUCUUGGGCACAGGUAGGAGAAUGCGCUCAUCCUACAAGAGGUGAGAAUCUCAGAGCAGGGAAUCUCUUAGCCAUCUGUGUAAUACGUUUUUUUAAAAGUUGUAUGUAAACACCGAAAUACUGUGCUAUUGGACCUGUAUAAUGGUAGACACCGUUUUACUGUUUCACUUGUUAACUAGUUAUUUAAGUAAUGUGGAAGUCAAAUCAAUUGUAAAGCCAAUAAUAUUUCUUAAACUUCACUUACACGAUUUCCCGUGUUCGUAACGCUGUGGAUGCCCACAGUACAUCUGUAGAGCUCAAGCGAAUGUUUGCAACACUCAAUAAACGUACAAACCCGAGUUGUUCAGUCACCGUCUCUG